AGGAUGGGACUCCGCGAAGUUUGUAAAGUGCUGUGUAUGUCCCGGCCGCUCCGCAGUGUGAUUGGGAGGGAGAUGCAGAGCUGCAGCCGCCUUCAUGUGCCCAUAGCAGCCCUCAGUACUGCCCUGUGCCCGGCACCCCUCCACCCCGCCUCUGCCAUGGGGGAGCACAGCGCCGUGUACAGCCCCAGCCUGUGAUCCGAUCCCAAUUGUCGGCACUUGUUAGAUGAGGAGAGAAGGGAUCUGAGCUUUACUGGGAACCAUGAGGACCAGGACUGGAGUGCUGUGCUUUGUACUGGGCACCCUGCUCAUCCUCCAGGAGGGUCAGUGCAGGAGGCUGCCCAUGGACACUGGGCAGUGCGGACUGCCCAAGGCGCAAGAAGAACUAAAUUCCUUCUUGUGGACCGUUAAAAGAAACCCUCCUGCUUAUCUCUUUGGAACCAUCCAUGUACCGUACACUAGAGUUUGGGACUUUAUACCUCAGAACUCCAAAAAAGCCUUCCAGGAAAGCAAUAAUGUGUACUUUGAGCUGGACCUGACGGAUCCUUAUACCAUCUCAGCACUGGCCAGCUGUCAAAUGCUCCCACAAGGGGAGAACCUGCAGGAUGUUCUGCCCAAGGACCUCUACCGGAGACUCAAAAGGCACUUAGAAUAUGUCAAGUUAAUGAUGCCUCACUGGAUGACCCCAGACCAGAGAGGCAAGGGUCUCUAUGCAGAUUAUCUGUUUAACGCCAUUGCUGGGAACUGGGAGAGGAAGAGACCCGUGUGGGUGAUGCUGAUGGUGAACUCUUUAACAGAAGCAGACAUUAGGUCUCGAGGAGUACCUGUCUUGGAUUUAUACUUAGCCCAAGAAGCAGACAGGAUGAGGAAGAGAACCGGAGCUGUGGAAAGGGUGGAGGAGCAAUGCCACCCUCUGAACCGGUUAAACCUGUCCCAGGUUUUAUUUGCUUUAAACCAGACAUUGCUGCAGCAUGAGAGUCUACGGGCUGGGAGCUUCCAAGCCCCUUACACAACAGAAGACCUCAUCAAGCAUUACAACUGUGGAGACCUCAACUCUAUCAUCUUCAAUCAGGACACACAUCAGCUCCCCACAUUUAUCAACAAUACUUUACCAUCACAAGACCAAAUAACAGCUCAGGAGAUAGACAUUUACUUCAGACAAGAGCUCAUCUAUAAGAGGAAUGAAAGAAUGGCAAGAAGAGUAAUGGGUCUGCUGAAGGAAAACCGGGACAAGAGUUUUUUCUUUGCUUUUGGCGCAGGUCACUUCCUGGGGAAUAAUACCGUCAUCGAUGUUCUCAAACAAAGUGGAUAUGAGGUUGAACACACCCUGCCAGGCCAACCAUUCGAAACCUACAGGAAAGGCCCAAUCCCAGAGGAAGAGCUGGCGACAGAUGAACCAUCGCUGAAGUACUUUGAUCACGUUCCAUCCUCGUCGUCCUCACCUGAAGACUCAGAUGAUGAGAUGCUUCCUCCCCACCUCCUAACAGACAGUAUUAGCCAGCUAGAAGAAUUUGGGAAACACAACAAAUGGUAUCGGAAACAUCACAGAAACCAACAUCGGAGGCAAUUCAACGAUCUCUGGGUCCGAAUGGAUGUCAGUACAACCAUAAUGCCAUCUAAUACAAGGGACAUCAACGGAGAGGAGACCAUAGAUUCCUUGUUGUGGCGUCAGGAUGGACAAGAUGACAUGUACGUGGAGAUAUCAAGUGUGCAAAGCAGUGCAGUCCCAAAAUACAUCUCCACACUUUCUGUUGCCUUAUCUGCCACAUUAACUCUAUGUAUCAUCACAGUUAUAAGGACUUUAUCCUGACACCACCUGCUCCAGAUCCAGCCACCACCUUCCUCUUUAGAUAAUCCUGCCUUUGACUGUUCCUGGAUUAUUAAGCAAAUGGAUGAUAAUGGAACUCAAUUUUUACAAUUACUGAAAACUUUCAUAGUAUUGUGCAUUUAAGAAGAGGAAACACAGUUGCUACUAACAUCAUACGCCCCAUCAAUACAAAGUAAACGCUGCCACUUUGCAUUAUAACAAGUGUUCAUGACACUGAAGUGUAUCCAUCUGAUGGAGACUAUUCACUGAGGUCUGAAGGAUAAAACAGGAUUGCCUCCAUGUUCUGUUUACUUUUACAGCAAACUGUUGGUCAUGGGUGGAGUUAAAAGCCACAUGGGCCUAAAAUCCGGAGCCUAGCUACCCUUUGUUUUCCCAAUAACCAUUUAAGGUUCUAUCAAUUAAUCAAGCUGCCAUUUCUUUCAGUUACGAACAUUGGAACUGUCUCUUCAAUGUUGUGUACAUCUGUAACUGUGUUGGAACGUCUGGAGUUGUUCAAAGGCUGAUGAUUGACUUUAUUUGCUGCAGAUAUCACUGUCAUGUAUAAACCAAGUUGUAGAUCAAUUGGGAUUGGGAUAACCCUGUUACUAUGGCACUCUCAUGAGUAAUUAUUUAGGUAACGAAGGCUGCCACAGAUUGAUUUUGGCCUCACAUAGCAUUUAAAACGUAUGUCUGGGCAAAAAAAAAAAAA